AUGGGCUUUCAUCGUCCAAUUGAGGCAGCGCUGAUGGUUCUAGCCCUUGUAGAACCAGGUCUGUCGUUUCCACAACCUACUCAACCCAACGAAGCUUCUUCGGAAGUCAAAGUCCCCCCGAGGGGUGUGGCUGUGGAAUGGGCUGUUAUCGGAGAUUCAUGGGCAUCUGGCGUGGCCUAUAACCUAAGCAAUGUCUAUGGACGUACCGACUCUGAGGCUUGCUACCGCACCAAGGAGUCCUGGGGGGCGCAGAUGGAGCAGGACAAAUCAUGGUCUCGUGAUCCCCAGGCGUUCAACUUUGCCGCCUGUGGUGGUACAUUAAUGGAUGAUCUUGAGCGUCAAAUGAAAGAAAAGGCCGGAAAUCCGGAGCUUGUCUGGGGCAUGUUUGGGGGCAACAACGCAUACUUUGGUGCUAUUGCGAGGGCUUGCAUCUACCAGCCCAUUGACCCGGGCCACCCAUUUGGCUGGGGUAAACCCUGGGAUGAGGAUACGGGCGGGACGGGCUUGUGCAAGCAGAAUAUCCAGAAGGCGGAAGACUACCUGAAAAAGCCCGAUUCCAUGCGCAAAACAUUUACAAAUGCAUUGGAUGACAUCCUCAAGGUCGCUCAAGAUAAAAGGGCACUAAAUUAUCCCUUCGACCUUUAUGUUAGCUCCUACGUACGUUUUUUUGAUGACACCACCGAUGACUGUGACGGGUGGACUUUUGCCCAUGAUAGACUCAGCGUCGGCCAGCCAAAGGUUGUAAAAGGCCUCAGAAAGAUUAUCAACGAUAAGGUUCAGCUGGUCAAUGAUAUCCAGGCCGAUGUGAUCAAGAACUACAAGCCACCCGCCACUACUCCAAAGCUCCCCAAUGUCCAUGUUCACAACUUCCAGCCCGACCAUCUCUUCGAUGGGCACCGUUUCUGCGAGAAGAGUCGAACGUUUGAGGAUCAGUAUUACCACAUGGACCUGUGGCUCUGGAAUCUGCAGUACUAUGAUGAGAAGACAGGGGAGGAAGUGGGUGUAGCAAUUGAAAAGAACGGCGUCAAAGUCAUGGCGUCCCCAGCUGGCGUUAACGUGACACAAGGUUUCCAAACAGUGCUGGGCGCGGACACCAACCCCGACGCUGCAAUUCCACAAACUCAAGAUCCCCAUACCCAGCAAUACGGAUUCGGCUGGACCGCUCGGCCAUUCCACCCCAAGUUUGAAGGUCACAAAGCCCUCAAGGACUCUUUUAUCCAGCAAAUGAAGGAUGACAAGAUUCCCAGUGUCAAGUCGGCACCAAGCCCGCCAAAGCCCCAGCAGAAACACGAGUGCAAUGGAUUGGGAAAUAAGAAGUAUGUUUCCCACGACAUCGUCAAGGAUAGCAUCGAGAACCAUUUCUGUCCUGAUGCUGUCAGCAAAGGACCGAUUGAACAGAAGUAUAACGAAGGCACUCCAGAGGAGGUGAUAAUUAAAUUAACGGGUCCGGGUGGUUUCAAGCCAAGUAGCGACGACUGCAAAAAGUAUCUUACCGGGCAAAUAAUUGAUGCUUGCGAUGGUAACGACCCUAAGAACCCCGAGAACUACAAGGGCGGCGGAAAAGAAACAAUUGGCGAUGUCGUAUACGAAGUCCAGCCUCAAUCUCUACGACAACCAGCAGAUAAGGGGAAGCAGUAUGGAUGUGAUUCUAGCUACAAGUUUCUUUUCAACGAAUAUACGGUCUGGGGCCAUGGAUUUGAUAGUGCAGAUCAUGGUGAUGCACUGAAAGGGCAGUUGAAAGGCUGUGCUCUAUUACCUGAUACUUGGCAUUUCGAUUACGGGCUUGGGGAUGACGGGCGUGAAUGGACGGCUAAAUUUAGAACUGGAGUUUUUCAGAAAAAAUGUACUGGACAUGCCGUGAAAUCUGCAGGUGCACCAAAUGACAGUUGUUCAGGUUCUGGAUAA